UCGAAUAAUUCAUCAUCAUCAUCAUUAUCAUCAUCAUCAUCGUUUUCUGAAUCGUCAUCUUCAUCAUCAUCAGUGUCAGUUCCAACAAUAGACAUGCCAAGUUUGUUGGCAAAUUAUUCAUCAACAAUGGCAGCGGUUUCAAAUUGGCCAAAUGGUAAUUCAAAUAGUCACCAUCAUUCGUCGUUAACAAAUUCAGCUAAUCAUCAUAAUGGCAAUGAAUUAAUGAUUGGAUUACCACCGGCUGGUUCCGGUUUAAUGAUAAGUCCAAUGAUGGAUCCUUUAGCAUUUGCUGCUGCAUAUGGAUCAUUAUUUGCCGGAUCAUCAUCAUCAUCAUCCACACUAAUGCAGCAGAAUCUGCAAGCAUCAUUGGGAUUGGGAAAUUUACUAAGUCCAAAAUCACCGACAUCAUCAUCUACAUUAAUGAACAUGAAUGGUCAUCAUGAUAAUAAUCAUAAAUCGAAUGAUUUAAAUGAAAAGAAAUCAAUGAUAAAUAAUCAUAGAAAUAAACGAACAACAAAAUCAAUUAUCAAUGACAAUAAUAAGAAACCAAUUUCAGAUUACUCCAUCAAUUCAAUAUUGUCAUCAUCAUCAGCAUCAUCAGCAGCAUCAAAAAUAUCGAUCAAAAAUCGAUCAAAUCGAUUGAUUUCAAAUAAACAGAAUAAUAGAAACAAUACAAACAGUGAUGGUUUGGAAGAAUAUUCCUUGGUUUCUUCAUCACCAUUAUCAUUCUCAUCAUCCAUAUCUCCAUCAUCAUCCACAUCUUCAUUAUCCGUGUUGAAUGGUAUCGGCGGUAGUGAUCGUUGCCAAUCACCAAUACAAUCAUCAUCCACUACAUCAUCAUCAUCAGCAUCAUUGAUUGGUUCACCACCAUCAUCAUCAUCGACAUUAAUAUUGAAUGGAUUUUUGCAGAUAAAUAACCAUCAUGAUCAAGAUAUGAUUGAUAUGAAUCAAAAAUUCAAUGAUAAUGAAUCAUUACAACGACAACAACGACGACGACAACGACAAUCAUCAUUGAAUAGUAGUCGUACCAAUUCGAUUACAUCCGAACGGUUAGAAGAUGAUAAUGUCCAAGAUGUUAAUGAUGAUGAUGAUGAUGAGCCGAUUAUCGAUGUGGUUGAAGAUGAGGAAAUGAAACCAAUGAAUUUGUCCACUAAUAAUUCGUCUGAUAAUGAUGAUGGCAAACAUCCGCAUCAAAGUCAACAUGCGUUUUCAGAUCAAACAGUAGCUGAAUUAUUGUUAAAACAUUCGGCUGGUACAACGAAUUUAUAUCAACAAAUUUGCCACAAUAGCAAUAUGAUAACGCCACCAAAUUCACCACCAUUCUAUGCUAAUCCAUUCCUGUAUUCAGCUGUAACUACUGCUGCAGCUGCGGCUGCUGGACAUGGUCAGCAACAAACAAUUGGUUCAACAAAAGAUUCAAAAGAAAAUCAUCACCAUCAUCAACAUCAUCAUUCAAAUGAUACAAAUGCAUUCGAAUCGCAAUUGAAUCGUUCUCGUUCAUUCAUUCUAUCACAUUUGGCUGACAAUAAUCACCCACAAUCACAGAAUACGACAUCAACAUCUGCAUCAACAGCCUAUCUACAGCCUAAAAAUGGUGGAUAUUCAUUCAAUAAUGAACAACAAAAAACCUUAUUACGUUCAUUAUUUCCUUCCGGCGAUAUGUUCUCUUCCUUGGUUGCAACAGUUCCAUCCUCAUCAUUCAAUACAUCAUCGGCCAAUGUUUCUACAGCAGCAGCAGCAGCAGCACGAAAUUCAUUGUUGAAUUUGGUCGAUAAUAAUCAUUUAAUGGCUGCUGCCGCUGCUGCUGCCGCUGCCGCUGUAACAUCGACCGCUGGAACAACAGUGAAAUCGAACCAUAAUCAUACAGGCCAUAAAUUAUCAUUAUCACUACUAAAUAGUCAUCAUCACCAUCAUCAUGAUAAUAAUGGAACAAUAUCGUCAUCUAGCGGCACGGAUCGUACAUUUGAAUGUAAGCAAUGUGGAAAACAAUUUAAACGUUCAUCAACAUUAUCCACACAUAUGUUGAUCCAUUCAGAUACAAGACCAUUUCCAUGCAUGUAUUGUGGAAAAAGAUUUCAUCAAAAAUCGGACAUGAAAAAACAUACUUAUAUUCAUACCGGAGAGAAGCCCCACAAGUGCAAUGUAUGCGGUAAAGCAUUUUCACAAUCAUCAAAUCUAAUAACACAUGCCCGUAAACAUACCGGUUACAAGCCAUUCGUUUGUGAUCUAUGUCCGCGUGCAUUUCAACGUAAAGUUGAUCUUCGUCGUCAUCGUGACGCUCAACAUAUAUUGCAACAAUCAAAUAAUAACAAUGGUAACCAUAAUCAUAACCAUACUGCUAAUCUUCGUCAAUCAUCAUCAUCAUCCUCGAUUAAUGGAAACAAUAACAAUUCUGUACUAAAUCAUAAUGGUUUAUUGCCAGUACCAGCACCACCACCACCACUAUCAUCGACCACACAACAUCCACAUCCACCCACAUCAGCAUUGAUGCUGCCACAACAAUUAGAGCAAUUAUUACUGCCUCAAUAAUCAAAUUGGGAGGGUUGGAGACGAAUUGCCUGAAAAUUUCAAAACUGAAAAAUAGCCGGUGCCAAAUAUUUAAAACACAAAACGAAAUUGAUGAUAACAAAUUGAGAAAUUCAACAACAUAACAUAACAUAACAUAACACAACACAACAUUAUAUUCACUAAAUUCACUAUAUUCAUUCCCCAUACGUUACAUAAUUUCAAUAUAUUCUCAAUCAUCAUUGGUUAUUUAUGUUUAUCGUAGCUAAUUUUAGUAUUAUUGGAUUACUGAUUACUGAUUACUAAUUAUUGAUUAUUGAUUAUUGAUUAUUGAUUAUUGAUUAUUGAUUGUCUGCUAUAUUUUAAUGUUUCUUGAUAAUCUUGUUUGAAAUAUGAUGAAUGUGUCCCUAACACACAAAUAAUUUAUUGUUCAAUUUCAAAGUGCAGUGUUAUGCCAUGCCACUAUUAUGAAUGUAUGUAAAUGCAUUUUCAUUUUUAAAUUGUGUUAAAACCUGAUUCUUUUUCCAAUCAAUCAAUAGUCGUGUAUUUUGUUUGCAAUGUUCGUAGCAUCCAUUCAUUCAUUCAUUCAUUCAUUCAUCAUUAUUAUCAUUACCGUAUCCAUUGAUUUCAUUGUUUGUCAUUUUCUUUUGUUUUCACAAGACAAGAAUUAAUAUCACUACUAAAUCACAUCACUACUAA